GAAACAAAAAAAAGUGCAGGAGGGAACUGUUCAGACUUCCAAGAGAGAGCACAGAACAGCACAGCAUAGCGCAGCGCCGAACCGGUCGAUCGCAUUGCUUCCAAAAGAGAAUGAAAGGAGACACAACGACUCCUGCUGCUUUUGCCAUUUCCGUUCGCCGCUCGUCCUCCCCGUCCCGUUCCAGCUUUUUCCGAACAACACCGGUGCAUUUCCUAGCCUUUCUCCUUCUGGUUUUUUCUGGAUCUUCUGCGCCCUUUUCCGCCGCGAUGAGUACUAGCAGCAGCGGCAACGACAGCGGCACCGCCCCCCCGGUCUCGGCAUCCGAUGCGGAGGCCGCCAGCCGAACCAUCGACUUUCUGACCAUGGCCCGGGGCCUCAAGACCACCCCCCGAACCGGGUGGGUCCGCCAGGGAGCCGGCCCCCGCAUCGAAUCGGUGGCCGACCACUCGUGGCGGAUCUCCCUCAUGGCCAUGGUGGCGGCGGGAAGCCUCGGAUCGACGUCGACGUCGACGCCGGAAUUUUCCUGCGACGCGAACAAGUGCAUCAAGAUGGCCCUCGUCCACGACCUGGCGGAGGCCACGGUCGGGGACAUCACCCCCCACUGCGGCGUCAGCGAGGACGACAAGCACGCCAGGGAACUCGCCGCCAUGGAAACCAUGGUGCAGGCGCUGGGGGGGAGCCUCCCGGGGUUAAGCGGGGAAAGCACGGGCGGCGAGAUCCUCGCGCUGUGGAAGGAGUACGAGGAGGGAACCAGCCACGAGGCCCGUCUGGUCAAGGACAUGGACAAGCUAGAGAUGAUCCUGCAGGCGCUCGAGUACGAAAACGACGGGGAGAACGAACACUCGCUGGACGGCUUCUUCGACAGCACCCGGGACAAGUGGAGGACGCCCAUCGGGGCCGCCUGGGGAAAAGAAAUCGAGAGCCGGCGGCGAGCGAAGGACUCGACCGAGGCAUCCGCCGCCAAAGAAGGCAGCAACGAACCAUAACAGACACGACGAUGCGGCGGUGGCGGGCACCCGCCAAGCCAGCAAGCUACGAGUACUGCCGAGAAACAAAGAAAUUCAAAAAAGUACA